AUGGCAACUGCCAUGAAGAAGGUCGAGAAGAUCCGUCAAAUAGUGCGCCUCAAGCAGCUCGUGAUGCGCUGGAAGUUCAUGAGCCUCCGUCGCUCUGUCGUCUCCUACGACAACUCCAUCGCCCUCCCUCCUCUCGGAUUAAACCGGCGCAUUCCCUCCGGUUUCUUGGCGGUCUACGUAGGGCCGGAAAGAAUCCGGUUUGUGAUCCCUGCCCGAUUCGUGAACCUCCCAGUCUUCGUCGGAUUGCUGAAGAAGGCCGAGGAGGAGUUGGGAUUCCAGAGCAAUGGAGGGUUGGUCUUGCCUUGCGAGGUUGUGUUUUUCAAGGAGAUGUUGCGGUUUCUGGAGAAAGAUGAGAGUAGGUUUGGACGGUUGGGAUUGGACGAGUUGUUGAAGGUGGUAUCUGAAGUAGGUUUUGUUGAUUCGUGCAAGGACUCGGCGAGGAAUGCUGGUGCGAAGAAUUCGGGUUGCCAUGCCUUCACUCCUCUCCUGCAGAGAUAG